AUGGCCAAGGACAAGAAAGACAAAAAGAUCAAAAAGGACAAGAUGGACGUUGACUCCAAGGAAGACGAUGUCCUUCGUUUCACUUCGCCCAUCGCUCACCCCAUGGCUGACGACAAGCUCAACAAGAAGAUCUUCAAGACUGUCAAGAAAGCUAGCAAAGUGAAGCAUGUUCGUCGAGGUGUCAAGGAAGUUAGCAAGGCUAUCCGUAAGGGUGAAAAGGGUCUCGUCGUUAUUGCUGGUGAUAUCUCUCCUCUUGAUGUCAUCUCCCACUUGCCUGUUCUCUGUGAGGAUAACGAUGUCCCUUAUAUCUUCGUUCCCUCCAAGGAAAAGCUCGGCGAAGCCAGUGCUACCAAGCGCCCCACAUCCGUUAGCAUGGUUGUCCUCGGUGGUAAGAACAAGGAUGAUAAGGCUGCAGAGGAUUACAAGGAAUUGUAUGAAGAAUGCACAUCCCAAACCAAGAAGCUGUUCGAGCAGCUUGUGUAUUAA